AUGCAAGAAAGUAAAAUAUUUAAAAUAAUUAUUAGUUUUUCAAGAAAUGAUUUUGAAAAUGCUAAAUUAUUACCUUAAUAAUUUUUUGAAUGAAAAAACUAAAGUAAAAUUAGAAGCAUUGAAAUAAAUAGCUGAAAAAUAAUUUAAAUUAGCAAAUUUCUUGUAAGAAAUUGGAACAUUUUUUACAAAUAUAUGUGAUUAGAAAAAAGUUGUAAGUAUCAUAGUAAAGGAUGAAAGAUCUUAUGAUAUUAAGAAUUUUUUGAAAUUAGAGUAAAUGUUUAGAAACAAUAUUGCUGGAUAGUAAGAUAAGGUUGAAAGAUUACAUAAAUUUAUAAAAAAUUUAAAGUUAAAAGCAGAAAAAAAAUAAUUUUUAGAGUCAAUUUUAGAGUAGACCUAGAUCCCAGAGGAAUACUAAGAUCCAAUAUAUGGAGAAGUAUAUUAAAUAAUUAGAUUAGUUAAUAAAAGAUCCAGUUAUGUUGCCUUAAUCUAAAACAAUAAUGGAUAGAAAAGUGAUAAAAGCAGCUUUAUUAGAAAAAAAGGUAGAUCCAUAUACAUUAACUCCUUUAGAUGAAAAGGACUUAAUUCCUUAACCAGAAUUAAAAAAGAAAAUUGAAGAAUGGUUGAAUAAUCUAAAGAAACAAAGAGAUAUUAAAGUGGAAGAAGCUGAUAAGAAUAGAAUGCAAACAGAAAUUCCCUUCAAAUAAACAUAAAGUUUUAAUAUAUAGGAGGAAGAAGAAGAAAAUGUAUUUAAAGGAAAAAGAUAUGAAGAAGGUGAUUGA